AUGGAAGAUAACGAAAAGUUGAAGGACUUAGCAAGUGAUGGACAGAUAGAUUUAAAAUCUUUCAAGCAGGAAUGCUCUCUCCUUAAAGAUACAAUACAAAGAGCUUGGCAACAUAGGAAAUCGAAACAAGCAUUAUCAGGCAGUGCUGUUGCCAAGCGCAUCAUUUCUCUUAAAGCUAUAAAUCGUCGAACGCAGCUUAGAAUAAAGGAUAUGCGAGAUAAAACUUUUCAGAAAAAGCUAGCUGUUGAUCAGAAGACUCGGCAACUUCAGAAUCUCCUUUAUGAAUUAGAACAUUUAAAGCAGUCUGCCCGCACCUGCUUGGAGUUUCGUUCUCUUCAUGAGGAGAUUGAUCUCAUUCCCAAAGAAGAAUAUAUUGAAACGGUAUGUGAUGCUGAUCCAAAUGAAACAGAACAUCAGCAAACUCUCAAUCGCCUCUAUUGGGAGCUGGAACAAAGGAAAAAGUUAAAUGGAAAUCUUAAAGUCUUGUCCAAGUCCUUGUCUGAAAUCAGAGAAAAGAUUGCCUCAAAACAGACGUAUCUUGAAGGCAUGAAUGGGAAUUUGCGUAGCAUUAUAGAGUCAACCAAGUUCCUGGAUUCCGAUUUGGGUUUAAACAUCAUCGAAAACGAAGAAACCCUUCAAUCAGCUUUUGCUCUCCCAUCGCCUUUGUAUAUAAUCUACUCAAGAAUGGUUGCCUUUAUCGAUGUCAAAAAUUUACAUUGUGAGGUGUCGGUGAAGAUUAUUGGAGAUUUGGAUUUGGCUCGAUCAGUGAAUACGUCAUCCGCAACAAAUCAAGAGGAAAUGGAAGCGGGAUCUUCAGGGCCCGAUGAACAGGAUACUUGUAUAAUCAACCGAAAAAAAUCUCACCGGAAAUCCAAACGACCUCACCGAGAAGAGGAGGAACGGUCUCAUCACAAGACUGACACAACCCAUCCUCUCUCAGUUGUAGUUCACAUUACAACAGGACCAGACGCGAAGUGGUCUAAUGUGAAGCUGACGCUCACCUUCGAGUGGAUGAUGAGAGCUAAACUUGUCUCUGUGAGGGAUGAAUUUCAUGAUCUGGAAAAACUUUGCACCCUUUCACAAACUGCAAGAGAUCUCCUUUCAUCUAGUGCUCUAUUUUCCCAUCUACAAUGUGAUACGGAAGGAGCACGUUGGCAAGGUGAAGAAACUGUACUUGGAAUUGGCUAUAAAGAUGCUUCCAGCGGGAAAUCCUAUGCAUGGGCACAACAGUUGGGUGGUCUGCAGUGUCUACCCCAUCUGGAAUCACCAACAGAUACCAUUGCUUCACCAUCGAAGAUGAGGGCGAAUACUCCCUGCACGGCGCCCUUCGGAUUUGUGGAUAUUUGGUUUACUGCUCUAAGUAGACGUUUAGAGUCUAGAUUGUCCCUUAAUGCUGAGGCAGGGAAGUUCAAAUCAAACCCUCGUCUCGUAGCUAAUAGUCUGGGUGUGUAUGAGUAUAUCAAGGAAGAAUCAUUAAUCCAAGCAAUUGAGAGUGGUGUUCUGAAUCUCUCAGAAAGUCAAAAACCAUUCUUUCCUAUCAGUAAAGAUAUCGGCUUAAGUACUUGGGAUCGAGUAACUUUUGAGGAUAUUAAGACUUGGCCCCGUGCUCAAACCUUCAUUGCUCUAAACCUGAUUCAAUCAACGGAUGCUAUAUUCAAAUGUCAGAUGGCUUUUCAGGGGAAAGAUGUGUUAACAAUCGGAGCAUCAAUCCCCGCUUCAUAUCCAGAUGAUCCGUCUGUCAUUUUCCUAGCUAGCAAUACUGAUGCAUUUUCUGCAGGUGAUCUUAAUGCCAUGCACAUUCAGGAGUUGGAGACUGAAGUUAACUGUUACUGGCGUGAGAUGCCCCAGGAGGAUGGGCGGACGGGAGAGGAGGCAGGUGCUGAUAAUAUUUCAACCGGAUGCGCGUUCCGUGGUAAGAAACCGGAGAAUUUGCUCACUUGCCAAUUGGCUCGUAUCGCCUCUUGUCUGCCAAUCUUCCUUUCUUCCGAAGAGAAUACAAACGCUGUUGGAGAGAGUGGACCCUCGUGUCCACAUGGAGGAGUGAGGUAA